AAAAGCUGGCUCAUAAUAAAUGCAAGUCCCUCUAGUCUCCUCUCCUCCUUCCCUCGCAUAAGAAGUAUCGACACCAUUCUCUGACGAUCUCCCCGAUGCUUCACCUCUCCCUCAUUUUUGCUUAAAUAAUAUUUCUCUCUCUCCCUCAGUUGUUGCGUUCUCUUCCUUCACUUUCCCUCUUUUAGAUCAUAAUCUUCUCUCUACACUGAGAUCCCAAUUUCACUGUCAGUUUCUGAUUCAAUUGCUCUUGCAGCUUAAUUUGGAAGUUUAAAUAUUUAAUUGGCAGAUUUUGUUGUGAAAUUUGGAGCUUGUAAUUGUUGGAUUAGGAGAAUGGCUUCGGUAUCUCAUUCUCCAGCUGCAUUCAGUGGAACUUCAGCUUCGGAUCUUCUUCGGAGCUCCAGUAAUGGAGUUAGCGGCAUCCCUUUGAGGACCCUUGGGAGAGCAAGAUUCAGCUCGAAAACGAGGGAUUUUUCAGUGGUUGCCAAGAUUAGGAAAGUGAAGAAGCACGAAUAUCCUUGGCCCGAAAACCCCGAUCCUAAUGUGCCAGGCGGAGUCCUCACUCAUCUUUCACCUUUAAAACCUUUAAAAGACAAGCCAAAACUUGUUACUUUGGAUUUUGAGAAACCACUUGUUGAUUUAGAGAAGAAGAUAACUGAUGUGCGGAAGAUGGCAAAUGACACUGGUUUAGACUUCACUGAUCAGAUUAUCUCACUAGAAAAUAAAUAUCAACAGGCUCUAAAGGAUUUGUAUACACAUUUGACCCCUAUACAACGUGUGAAUAUUGCACGACACCCAAACAGACCCACUUUCCUUGACCAUGUAUUUAGUAUUACCGACAAGUUUGUGGAGCUUCAUGGAGAUCGAGCAGGAUAUGAUGAUCCUGCUAUUGUUACUGGUAUAGGAACCAUAGAUGGCAGAAGAUACAUGUUCAUGGGUCACCAGAAAGGUAGAAACACAAAAGAGAACAUUAUGCGCAAUUUUGGUAUGCCUACACCUCAUGGCUACCGAAAGGCCCUACGCAUGAUGUAUUAUGCAGACCACCAUGGGUUUCCUAUAGUUACUUUUAUUGAUACACCUGGGGCAUAUGCAGACCUUAAAUCUGAAGAAUUAGGCCAGGGUGAAGCUAUUGCCCAUAAUUUGAGGACAAUGUUUGGUCUAAAGGUACCAAUUGUUUCUAUUGUUAUUGGGGAAGGUGGCUCUGGUGGUGCUCUGGCCAUUGGCUGUGCUAAUAAAUUGUUGAUGCUUGAAAAUGCAGUUUUCUAUGUUGCCAGUCCUGAAGCAUGUGCUGCAAUUUUAUGGAAGACUGCUAAAGCUUCGCCAAAGGCUGCUGAAAAGUUGAAGAUCACUGCUACUGAGUUGUGCAAGUUGCAAAUUGCAGAUGGUGUCAUCCCUGAACCACUUGGUGGUGCACAUGCAGAUCCUUCAUGGACAUCACAACAGAUAAAGAAUGCAAUUAAUGAUGCUAUGGACGAGCUCCAAAAGAUGGACACACAAGAGCUACUAAAACAUCGUAUGCUUAAGUUCCGAAAAAUUGGUGGGUUUCAAGAGGGAAUCCCAAUUGAUCCUAAAAGAAAGAUCAACAUGAAAAAGAAAGAAGAACCUGUUGCAGGAAAGACUCCAGUUCUAGAAUUGGAGGGUGAGGUUGAAAAGCUGAAACAGCAAAUUUCAAAAGCCAAGGAAUCAUCCAGCAAGCCUCCAGAGUUGGCUUUGAAUGAGAUGAUUGAAAAGCUGAAAAGGGAGGUUGAUUUUGAAUUUUCUGAAGCUGUUAAAGCCAUGGGCUAUAAGGACAGGUUCGAAAUCUUGAGGAAAGAAAUUUUGAAAGAAAAUUCACAGGACCAACUUAUGCACCCAGUUCUAAUGGACAAGAUUGAAAAACUUAAGAAUGAAUUUACUCGGAACCUGUCAGCAGCUCCUAAUUUUGGAAGUCUGAAGUAUAAACUUGAUAUGUUGAAGGAGUUUUCUAAAGCCAAGAACAUCUCAGAAAAGAACAGCAAAAGUGUGACAUUGAAACAGGAUAUUAAUAAGAAACUUAAGGAAGUUAUGGAUCGGCCUGAUAUGAAGGAGAAGAUAGAAGCAUUAAAGGCUGAAGUUCAAAUGUUAGGAGCUUCCAAUGAAGGCAAAUUAGAUGAAGAGGCAAAGGAGAGAAUUGUCACGAUGAGGAAAGAGAUAAAGGUGGAACUGGCAAAUGUUCUUAAGUCCAUGGGUUUGGAUGUUGAGAUUGUGAGUUCAAAAGCGAAAGAACUUGGUGAGCAGAAUCCUUUACUAGACUUCAAGGCUAAGGUAGAAAGUUUGAAGGAACAAACUAACAAGAAAAUUGAAGAUCUAAUAAACUCAUCAGAUCUUAAAAACAUGAUUGAGUUGCUGAAGGUAGAGGUAGCGAAGGCGGGAAAGAAACCUGAUGUGGCAUCAAAAAAUAAAAUUGAGGCUUUAGAACAACAAAUAAAGCAGAGGCUCUCAGCGGCUAUUAACUCAACAGAGUUAAAAGAGAAGCAUGAAGAGCUGAGGGUGGAGAUUUCAGAAGCCGUAGAACAUGCUGGAGGAUUAGAUGCAAGUCUGAAAAAUGAUUAUUCAGAGGAGGGGAGUUCCAAACACCACGGGUCAAGAGUAGAAAUUAAUUUGGGUGCAAAUCGAAGCUUUGCUUAGAUAUUUGUUUUGUAGGUAAGCUACUAGGGAAGGUGGCACAGAAAAAAGUGCUGUUUUUUUAUUACAGCAGGUAGAACUACAUCAAUUUCUUUUAGUUGGAUCAUACUUCAGCAUUGUACCUCCACACUGCCACUGAAAAGGAGAGAAUGCCCUGUCGUUGCCCCUUACCAGGGUUAACUAGGUUUUGCUUAAAUGGGAACAUGAAAAUCACACAGCAUUAUAUCUUUUUAAGCUAGCCGAAACAUUUCCAAUUUAAAUUAAGCUUUUUUAGUUUAUCAAUUUCCACAUCUCUUUUUAAUUUACAUUGUUUAAGUUUUGUGGUAAAAUGUGUUUCUGUUUUCAUUUAUAGACAACAAUUUGUGUAAAUUAUGCGAGUUUCCUGGAAACUAGUAACAUACUUUCAAGCAUCAGGAAUAACAUACUCGUCUUUUGGCUGUGGUCAUUGAAAAAUCUUUUAUUUGGGACGAA